AUGAACAAUUCAACAAAAGUAAAGUAAUAUAUAGAAAAGGAAUUAAAACAAGGAGUUGAAACUGGCUAAUCAUGGCAUAAUGAUUAUAAAGAUAGUGCUUAUAUUUUUAUAGGAGGAUUAAACUAUGAUUUAAAUGAAGGAGAUAUAUCAACAGUUUUUUCUCAAUGGGGUCAGAUAGUAGACCUACGCCUUGUUAGAGAUAAGAAGACAGGUAGGAGUAAGGGUUACUGCUUUCUAGCAUAUGAAGAUUAAAGAAGCACAAUUUUAGCUGUAGAAAAUUUUAAUUAAAUAAAUCUUUGUGGUAGAAUUAUUGGAGUAAAUCAUGUAUCCAAAUAUAAACCUCCUAGAGAAUAUUUAGAGCUAAAAGAAGAAGGAACAGACUUUUUAGAGGAUAAUUUGUAUAAACCUUCAGGUCCUGAUGGCAGAGGAUGGGGGGAAUUCAGAGAUUUCACUGAAGAAGAAUUACUAAUGAUUGAAGAAGAAAAAAGAUUAACUUAAAUAGCUUAAGAGAGAACUGAAAAAGCUUAUGAAAAUAUCUAAACAAUGAAGGAUAAAAAAUACUUCUUAGAUGAAGAUGAAAGAUGGGAGUAGUUCUUUAUGGAGGAAAAUGAAGAUAAUAAAUUAGAAAAGAAGCUAGAGGAUGUUAAAAAGGAGUAAGAACAAUUACUCAAAGGUAUUAUAAAAGUUACUAAAGAUAAAAAAGAUAAAAAAGAUAAAAAAGAUAAAAAGAAAAAGAAGGACAAAAAAAAUGACAGUGAAAAAUCAGAUAAAAAAUCCAAAAAAAGCAAUAAGAUUAAAAAAGAUAAAAAAAGAAAAGAAAAAUCAAAAGAAGAUGACUGA